AUGGCUAGUUUUUUUAUUGUUUUGGGUUCACGUUUACAGUGUAAUAUAUUUAGUUAUGAUUAUUCCGGUUAUGGUGUAUCACAAGGAAAAGCAAGUGAAAAAAAUAUGUAUGCUGAUAUUGAAGCAGCAUAUAAUUCUAUUAAACAACGAUAUCAUAUACCCGAAUCGAAAAUUAUUCUCUAUGGGCAAAGUAUCGGUACUGUUCCAACAAUUGAUUUAGCUUCACGUUACAAUGAUUGUUGUGUAGCAUGUGUAUUACAUAGUCCAUUAACAUCAGGCAUGCGUGUAGCAUUUCCGGAAACGAAACGAACAUGGUGUUGUGAUGCAUUUCCUUCAAUAGAUAAAAUUCAUCGAAUACGUUCAAUUGUUUUAAUUAUACAUGGAACAGACGAUGAUGUUAUUGAUGUAAGUCAUGGUUUUGCACUUUAUAAUCGAAUACAUAUGCAACAUCAAACUGAACCAUUAUGGGUUGAUGGUGCUGGUCAUAAUGAUAUUGAAGCACAUGGUCAAUAUGUUGAAAGAUUAUUACGAUUAAUUGAUGUCGACAUUCCACAAAUAUAUUUAAAAAAACAAGAACAAACACAACAACAACAACAAGAACCAGCAACAUCAGCUCCAUCAACACUAGCAUCAACACUUAUUAUACCAGCAUCAACAACUAAUGGAACAAAUUAA